AUGGUAUGCUUCAAGCAGCGGAAGGAUCGUUCACCUAAGAUUGUCGCUGCUGCUGGCAACAACAAUCCUCCACGAACGGAAUCUGGUGAUGCACCCGUUCCUUCAUCCUCCCAGGUGGUUAACAUGGCAGCCACCGAUGCAACAGUGUCCGGUUCUACCCAUCAAUUCUCCUCCAAGGUUUUGCUGGCUACGGCGGUCGUUAUCGUGGAAGAUGACGAGGGUAGUCAGUUUCCGGCUCGUGCUCUUUUGGAUUCCGGCUCCGAGAGUAAUUUCAUCGCCGAACGAUUGAGUCAACGCCUCAGGUCACACCGAGAGAAUGUUGAGAUCUCGGUACUGGGCAUUGGACAUGCUGCUACGAGAGUGAAGCAUCAGAUCACUGCAUUGGUCCGUUCGCGAGUUACGGCUUACUCGCGGAAUAUGAAUUUCCUCGUCCUCCCAAAGGUUACGGUGGACUUACCUACGGCAAGGGUGAAUACACAAGGAUGGUCGAUGCCCAAUGGGAUAAAACUGGCAGAUCCCACAUUUUUUAGUCCAAGUUCAGUGGACAUGGUACUGGGUAUCGAAUCCUUUUUCGAUUUCUUCGAGUCUGGUCGAAGAAUUCCACCGACACUAAACGAUUCGGUGUUCGGAUGGGUGGUCUGCGGAGGCCUGCUAAACCCCACACAAGGCCUACGCAUCAACUGUAGUACGGCAACUACAAAGGUAUUAGAGGAGCUAGUCGCACGGUUUUGGGCUAGUGAAGAAGUUGGAAAUUCCAAGGUGCUUUCAUCUGAGGAAAAAUUGUGCGAGGACAACUUUCGGAAGUCGGUUCGUAGGGAACCCGACGGGCGGUACUGCAUUUCGCUGCCAAAGGAUGAAGACGCAGUUUCCAGGUUGGGCGAGUCACGGGACAUCGCAUUCCGGCGGCUUCAAGGCACGGAACGCAGAUUGGCGAAGGAUGCCAGUUUGCGGGAGCAAUACCAUCAGUUCAUGGCGGAGUAUAUCCAAUUGGGACACAUGUCGAAGGUGGAGGAAGCAGGAAAUCUCGUGAAACGAUGCUAUCUGCCGCAUCACCCUGUCUUUAAGGAAGCUAGCACAACUACAAAGGUCCGUGUUGUGUUUGACGCAUCGUGUAAGACGUCGUCCGGUGUCUCGCUGAAUGACACACUUCUAGUAGGACCGAUUGUACAGGAGGACUUACGAUCGAUCAUGCUUCGAAGUCGAGUGAGGCAAAUCAUGCUGGUGGCCGAUGUGGAGAAGAUGUUCCGGCAAGUCUUCUUGGUUGAGGUUGAUCGGUCUUUGCAAUGUAUUUUGUGGCGUUUCGACCCAACAGAUCCCGUGGGCGUGUACGAGCUCAAUACUGUGACGUACGGGACAAAGCCGGCGCCUUUUCUCGCAACACGUACGUUGAACCAGCUAGCGAUGGAUGAAGGAGGGCAGUACCCAAUGGCUGCGAGGGCAACCACGGAGGAUACGUAUAUGGAUGACGUAAUCACGGGCGCGGAUACGGAGGAUGCCGCACGUAAUCUAUGUCAGGAACUCAACGAGUUGAUGUCAAAGGGAGGCUUCAAACUACGGAAAUGGGCAUCCAAUCAUCAGACGGUGCUGCAAGGUGUUUCCGCAGAAAAUCUGGCGAUCUGUGUGGCGGAAGGAAUUGACUUGGAUCCGAAUCCUGCUGUUAAGACGCUGGGUUUGACUUGGUUGCCGAUAUCCGAUCAACUGAGGUUCCAGUUUUCCAUUCCAACUUGGAAUUCAGUGACGCAGCCAACCAAACGGCAAGUUUUGUCAGUGAUCGCUAGUUUGUUCGAUCCUCUAGGACUUCUAGGUGCAGCGAUCACAACGGGCAAGAUUAUUAUGCAGCUCCUGUGGAAGAUCCGGAAUGAAGACCAAGCACUGGGUUGGGAUCAACCACUACCUUCGACGGUAGGUGAGAUGUGGCGAAAAUACCAUGAAGAGCUCCCGUUGCUUAACAAUAUUCGCAUCGAUCGUUGCGUCAUGGUUCCAAGAGCAACAUUGAUCGAGUUGCAUUGCUUCUCCGAUGCUUCUACCAAGGCCUUUGGUGGAUGCGUCUAUAUUAGGAGCCACGAUUCAGAAGGAAGGGUCGUGGUUCGGAUGCUGUCAUCCAAAUCCAUGGUUGCACCCUUGAAGACACAGUCUAUUCCAAGGCUGGAACUGUGUGGUGCGUUGCUGGUGACGCAGUUAUACGAGAAGCUAUACGUUCAAUUGUUGGCGGGGUUCUUCAAUGUUCCGCUACAGCAACUGUUCUGGUCCUUCCUGCUUGGUGUCCACGAUGAUAAGUCACAACGGAUGAUAAGCAUAAUCUUCCAGCUGCACAUCGUUGUGGUCAUCGGUGUGGAGGUUACUGUCUCUGUCGGCACAAUCACGCUCAUCGCAGCGUACUGCCCAACUCAAGCUAAAGCUUGCGACGGAUCAUCGGCCCUUCGGAGGGACAUCAUCAAACUUACGCGGAGACAAGGUAAGUUCAUCAUUGCCGGCGACCUGAAUGCCAAGCACCAAGACUGGGGCAACAGUCGCUGCAAUCAAAACGGAACCAAACAAAUCAACCAACAUUGA